AUGGCGCAGACUUGGUUCCAUGCCAUGACCAGCAGCGGCAGCCUGGAGAUGUACAUGAAGAACCUCGAGUUCCAUGUUUCCAUGGAGGCUGCCAUCAAGGACCAGAUCAAGCACGUUGGCCGAAAGGUUGGUGUGGAUUGGUCUGCGAAGCUGCAGAAGCCAAAGACAAGCAUGGUGGCGUACAGCUUGCUGACGAGCAAGGUUUUUUCCAUCAUUUCUCUGUCUGUGGAGGCUAUGCAGGGCCGAGUCGAGGAUCGCACAGUCAUCCUGACCAAUUCUGGCACCAUGAAGGUGCCACAGCUGGAUUUCAGCGAGUGUAGCUGGGCCAACAUCGAGGUGUCAAAGGUCAAGCUGGACGUGGUGUGCGUUCCGAUCGAUGAUCCGAAGAGUACGGUGUACACAUGGUACAUGGCUGGCUCAGCGGAGACGCGGCGUGUGGAGACUUUGCUCAAGAGGUACAUGCUCAAGGUGUUUGGGCGCAAUGAGGGGCCCGUCGGGAAGUUCAUCCACAUCGAGAAGUCGCCCAUUGCGGCCUUUUGGUAUGCUCCCGGGGACCAGCUGCCGCCAAGCACUGGCACGGUGCAAGUGAGCGUGAUGAUGACAACGUUAACGACCAAGCGCCAGGCUGAGGUGAUGAGCGAGGUGGACACCGAGUCCCGUGCCAAGCGCAUGAAGAAGCUCAGUGCAGACAUGGGCAAUCACAUGGACGAGCUUCGAUGGUUCCUCUACGAGUACGGCGAUGCUCGCAAGGAUGCUGCUGGGAAGGUCGACAACUCUGCCGAGGAAACUGCGCUGCUGCGAGAUGCCAAGACAAUGGUGAAAAUCAUGGAUGAGACGAUGGGCGGAGCCGGCAAUGUGGCAGCAGGCGCGGCGACCCGCGGAGACGGCACGGCGAGCGCGGCGAGCGUGGAGAGCGCGGCGAGCGUGGCAAACGAGUCGGAGAACGGAGCUGAGUGA